UAGAAGGCUAGAAGGCUGGAAGGAAGGACACAAGCUUCACGUGACCAAGUAGAGUGAGGUGCUUCUUCUAUACAAUGUCGGAACCUCCAAUGAUUGGAAAUUAUUGAAAUCAUGUCUGAUCAAACAAACGGGUUUUUUUUUCCACUUUGCUGACCUCCUACUUUUCUUCUUUCGUUGAUGUCUGUACAUCGACAGAUUUUGGAGAGUUCACAAACGUGAGAGUUUACAAGUAACUCUCGUGUCCGGAAAUAGAGACUAGCGGUCCGCGCUUAUCGCUUUGUCGCCGACUUAACGACGGUCAUGAUGUUUGAUGGCAAGAAAGAUAAUGUCAGGCAGGAUAUUGAAUCGACGCUAGGGGGCAGCUCUCGUUCGAAGUGGUCGCAAAGACUAUUGUCAUGGGGAGUGGAAGGGAGAGGUAUCAUUCCUGUGGCGCCGGAAGAUCGUACAGAUACCCAAUACUACAAGAACUUCUUCUUGUGGUUUGCGUGGAAUGUCAACAUACUCUCGUUCUCCGCAGGAUCACUGGGACCCAUUGCCUUUGGACUAGGCGUUCGUGACUCAUGCUUAGUUAUUCUGUUCUUCAACUUGCUUUGUGCCUUGCCUCCAGCAUACCUCACGACAUGGGGACCUCAGUUGGGUCUACGGCAGAUGGUACAAGCACGAUACAGUUUCGGGUUUGCUUUCUCUGCCGAAUUUCAUCCAGACGCAGAAGUUGUUAACAUGAUGCUAUCAAGGUACUUUGGCGUCAUCAUACCCUGUAUCUUCAACCUCAUUGGAAUGUGUGGAUUUUGCAUUCUCAACUGCAUUCUCGGGGGCCAGGCCUUGUCGAGUGUCGCCGACGGGAAUUUAAGUUGGACAAUUGGGAUCGUUGUUAUCGCGAUCAUAUCACUUCUUGUCUCUUUUUGCGGAAUCAAAGUUAUCGGAUGGUAUGAACGCAUAUCUUGGAUCCCCGUCGUUAUUGUAUUCGUUGUAGCGCUGGGGAUAGGCGGCAAACAUGUUAUGGCCGUUCCUGCUGCCGAACCUGCCACUGCUGCUGCCGUCCUAUCGUUUGGCUCUACUAUUGCUGGCUUCGUGAUCACCUACUCGCCUUUGAGUUCUGAUUUUACAAUCUACUUUCGUCCGGAUGUUUCAAGGGUUCGACUAUUCUUGUACUCGUACAUAGGCUUUCUAUUGCCGAUUGUCACUCUGCAAUGUCUUGGGGCAGCAGUCACCGCGUCUGCCUCCUUUGUUCCAGCAUGGGAUGAGGGAUAUGCAGGGGGGAAUGUAGGCGGUCUUUUAGAAGCUAUGCUCCAACCGGCGGGGAAUUUUGGGAAAUUUCUCACCGUUCUUCUCAGUCUGUCUGUCGCAGGAAACAUUGCACCUACAUUCUAUUCUAUGUGCCUCAACAUACAGGUGUUUAUACCUGUUCUGUACGUGGUUCCCAGAUAUGUAUUCUCGAUACUCGCGACAGCCAUUGUCCUUCCGUUAGCCAUUGUAGGAUCUCAUCGGUUCUAUGACACGCUCACGAAUUUCCUCGGAUUAAUUGGCUACUGGGCGAGUGCGUUCAUCGGUGUCAUACUUGUCGAGCAUUUUGUGUUCCGGCGGAACAGCCCUGAGAUGUAUGACGUAUCAUGCUGGAAUAAGCCUAGGGCCCUGCCUUUAGGAUGGGCAGCGAUCUGCGCUUCGGUGGGGUCUAUUGGCCUUGUUGUGCCUUGCAUUGAUCAGCAAUGGUUUGUCGGCCCCAUUGCAAAAACGACGGGAGAUAUCGGUUUUGAAGUCGCAUUUGCUGUGACAGCUUUGCUGUACUUGCCACUUAGAGCGGCUGAUAUCAGGAUUCGGAAGGCAGUGUAAUGUCGAAUGCACUAUGUACUGUGCAAAAAAAAAAAUCACUUUUUCACCAUGACCGACGUUCCAUACGGGCGCGAACCUGCUUCUACACGUCUACCCAAUUGUCCUGAUUUCCUACGGAGCGACGUCCGGAAAAAAUGACUCAAUAAUGUGAGUCAACUGUUUCCGGUGCGCGUGCAAAUUCUCGAGGGAG